AUGGACGAUCCUACCCAUGGUGAUAAUGAUGGCUUCGUCCAAGAGAAAAGUGUCCCAGAGCCAGGAGACAAGGUCCCAACGUCGCCUUCCAAGGAAAAGGACAACGAGACUGUCGAGGCAAUUCCCGAAGCUACACAAACCACGCCCGAGAUGCGACUCAAGAUCAUUUCGUACUUUGGCCGAAAGGCAGAAGAAGACCAACUGGUCCCCUCUGCCGACGUGAUCUACAUCCUCGACAAGAUCGCCUUGAUGGCGAAGGAGCAAGCCCUAGAGAUCCUCAUCGAGGCAAUCGAGCAUCACAGCGACGACCCGAACUUUCCCUCGGAAAUUAUGACGAAGAUCAAGCUCUUACUCCAGGGUCCAGACUCCCCGGGUCUGGUAUCGACAGACUACGAGUUCGACCUCAAGACCGAAGCGGCCACCAUCCAUUACUACUCCCCCUACCCGGAGGUUCGAUCCGUGACGACGCCCUCCGACGACCCAGAUACCCCCUUCGAGACCAUCCGGGCCUAUCUGCUCGGCCUGAUGUUGAUGGGUGGGUGCACCGCCGUGAACACUUUCUUUUCUCCUCGGCAGCCCGCAAUCGGCAUCCCAGCGCUGGUAUUGCAGCUCCUCGUAGCCCCAUGCGGACUGUUCCUCGCCAGAAUCCUGCCCGACUGGGGCGUGACCAUAUACGGCACGCGCCAUUCGCUGAACCCUGGGCCGUGGAACUACAAGGAGCAACGGCUACCGCAGUACUUUGGCAACACCUGGGUGACGUUCGGCUACGAGAUCGUGCUCGCGCUGUCGGUGCAGUUCUUCGGGCUCGGUUUCGCAGGCCUGUUGCGCAGGUUCGUCAUCUACCCUGUCACGGCCAUCUUCCCGCAGGUGCUCCCAGCCCUAGCCCUGAACAGGGCGCUGGUCCUGCCCGAGAACAAGUCCGAGGUCGUCAAUAGGUGGAAGCUAUCGCGAUACAAGAUGUUCAUCGCGUGCGCGGUCGUCAUGUUUGCCUGGUUCUGGGUGCCCAACUACCUGUUCCAGGCACUGCGCUCUUUCAACUGGAUGACGUAG